AUGCUACUCAGUCAGCUCUUAGACUAUGCUUACAGCCACUGGCACCUUGUAAUCACAAUUCUUCCUAUCCUUCAUAUUCUUAGCAACAAGUUCAAUCGCGGCCUAUACAAGUACCCGGGCCCAGCCAUUGCCGCAUAUACAAACUGGUGGCGGCCCUUUGAUGUCUUGUCACGCCGGCCUCAUCAUACACACAUUGCACUGCACCGCAAGCAUGGCACUAUAGUGCGCCUUGGACCAAAUAUAUUGUCCUUUUCUGACCCACAGUCACUCAAGACCAUAUACGGUCUGAAUAAAGGCAUGACCAAGAGCGACUUCUACCCCAUCCAAAGCUCCAUCUCCAACGGCCGGCGACUACAGUCCCUCUUUAGCGCCCAGGAUGAAGCAUAUCACGCACGUUACCGCCGUUGCGUCAAUUCGGCGUUUGCCAUGACAUCCAUGGUUGGAUACGAGCCAUUAGUCGAGAGUACCCUCGACAUCUUCAUCGAGCAGACGCGGCGCCGAUAUGCGGCCACCGGUUCCCACUGCGACUUUUCCCGCUGGCUACAGUUCUUUGCGUUUGAUGUUAUUGGUGAUCUCACAUGGAGCCGUCGCCCAGGCUUUUUAGAGACUGAUCACGACGUGGACGGCAUUAUCAGCUUCGUCGCUGGCUUUCUUGCUUAUGCCGCUGUUGUUGGUCAGCUACCUGUGCUCGAUGUUCUCUGGGCAAAGAAUCCGCUCAAACUCAAGCUUCAAGAACUCGGUAUCAGCAAGACCGUUUUUCCAGUUACCAAGUUUGCCAAAGAGCGCGAGCGGGAGAGAUUGGCUGCGAACGACAAGAAGCCAACCUCGACUGGUAUAGAUCUCAUGUCCAAGUUCCAGCAGGCUCAGCAGGAUCACCCCGACUUCAUGACAGAGCUUCAAGUUCUCUCAUCAUGUACUAGCAUGAUCUUUGCCGGUUCAGAGACGACAGCCAUCAGUCUAAGUGCGAUAUUUUACUACUUGGUUAAGAAUCCUCUUGUGUAUCGCAAGUUAAUGGCUGAAAUUGACGAUGCUGUUGCUACAGGCGCUAUAGAGAGUCGCCCUAAUCGCAAGGUUAGCUGGAAAGAGAGCCAAAAACUUCCGUAUCUCGACGCGGUGAUUCAAGAAUCAUUCCGCAUACACCCAGCGCCAGGUCUGCUGCUGGAGCGCGUUGUGCCACCUCACGGCGCUAUGAUCUGCGGUGAACAUAUCCGCGGCGGUACCAUUGUCGGCUGCAAUCCGUGGGUAAUUCAUCGCUGCCGCGAAGUCUUUGGCGAUGAUGCUGAUGACUUCCGCCCCGAAAGGUGGCAGCUUGCCAACGAUGAGGAACUGAAGAAGAUGAAAGCCGCCAUGUUUCAGUUUGGUGCCGGGCCUAGAACUUGCAUCGGGAAGAACAUCAGUCUCAUGGAGAUUUACAAAGUAGUUCCAACGUUUCUGCGCAGUUUUACGGUGGAAAUGGCUCAACCAGAUGCUGAUUGGAUGACGUAUAACGCUUGGUUUGUUCGGCAACUGGAUUUCGAGGUUGUUUUCAAAGAGAGGCCUUAG